CUAAUUUUUUUUAUACGAUUUAAAGUGAGUUAGAGAGAGAGAGAGAGAUGAACAAGUUCAUCUGAAUGUAUCUGAAUCGAGAAUUGAACAAGUUCUCAUCAGAUUGGGUAUCAAGAAAUGAGCUCACCAGACCUCAAGAACAAUCCGAAAGAUAUUUCAAUUUCUCCUUGAAUUUAUGAGAGUAAGCAGCUAUUAAUCGGUCUCGUUAUUCUGGAGUUCUCUUCAUUUCAACUUACAGAAUGCUUCGGGAUUACAAAUACCCUCGCCGAAAUUCAAAAAGUUUGGAUUCGGAUGAGAUUGAAAAUGUGCCAGUAAAUCCUAGGGAUUCGUUGGGUUCUCAGACCUCUGUCGAUCUUACUAGGCCUCCCCUCAACACGAUUCAAGAACCAAGCCCAAGCAAAUUAGUUCUCGACCAAGAACAUGGUUUCAAGAACUCCAAAGUUGAUAGAACGCCCACUAAAACAAAGAGAAAAAGUACCGAUUCUCUUCAAACACCCGACAACCCUUUUUUGCCAAGGAAAAACCGGUUUGGCUGGGCACAGAAGAAUGAGUCCAGUGAAGUAUUCGAGGAGGGCCGGUUUGAUUUUUCUAAUUAUGCUGUUAGCCAAUCGAGCCGAGGUGCUGGGGGCAGUUUAGCUCCUAUGACUACUCCAAGGUCGACUAAGACAGUUGGUAGAGCUAAUUCAGAGUUCAGUUCUACUCAGAGCACUCCUACUAAGAGUGUUAGCAAGCCACUGAAUCCUGCUCCAAUGAGUGUUCCCCGGCCUCCAGUAAAUGGAGCUCCUAGAAUUGGGAGCUAUGCUGCUUUGUCCAAAGGGCCGUCCACUGUUGUUAAUACAGUUGAGGUUCCACAUUUCGAUCUUAAAGAAGAUCCAUCUUUCUGGAUGGAUCAUAGUGUACAGGUUUUGAUACGAGUUCGUCCUCUCAAUAGCAUGGAAAAGGGUUCUUAUGGUUAUAAUAGAUGUCUGAAGCAAGAGAGUGUACAAUCUAUCACCUGGAUUGGUCAGCCAGAAACUCGAUUUACAUUUGACCAUGUAGCUUGUGAAACAAUUAAUCAAGAAACACUUUUUAGAAUGGUUGGUCUGCCUAUAGUGGAAAACUGUUUGUCUGGAUACAAUAGUUGUAUGUUUGCCUAUGGGCAGACGGGAAGUGGAAAGACCCACACAAUGCUGGGAGAGAUAGAUGAAUUGCAAGUCAGGCCCUCCCCAAAUCGUGGAAUGACACCUAGAACAUUUGAGUUCUUAUUUGCCAGAAUCCGAGCUGAAGAAGAAAGCAGAAGAGAUGAGAAACUGAAAUACAACUGCAAGUGUUCCUUCCUAGAGAUAUAUAAUGAACAAAUCACUGAUCUUCUUGAUCCUUCUUCUACAAAUUUAUCAAUACGAGAGGAUGUCAAAAAGGGUGUCUAUGUUGAAAAUCUUUCAGAGUUUGAAGUUCAAACCGUUGGCGACAUUCUCACUCUUUUGAGCCAGGGUUCUUCGAAUAGACGAGUAGCAGCUACAAAUAUGAACAGAGAGAGUAGCCGUUCCCACAGUGUUUUUACAUGUGUUAUUGAGAGUAGAUGGGAAAAAGAUAACAAUUGCAACCUAAGAUUUGCACGAUUAAAUCUUGUUGAUCUCGCUGGCUCGGAAAGGCAGAAAAGUUCUGGUGCUGAAGGCGAACGCCUUAAGGAGGCAGCAAAUAUUAACAAAUCAUUGUCCACAUUAGGUCACGUGAUCAUGGUUUUAGUAGAUGUCGCAAAUGGAAAGAUGAAGCAUAUUCCUUACAGGGAUUCAAGGCUGACUUUUCUUCUUCAGGACUCACUUGGUGGUAACUCAAAGACGAUGAUAAUUGCCAACAUAAGCCCUUCCAUCUGUUGUGCUGCUGAAACUCUUAACACUUUAAAGUUUGCUCAAAGAGCAAAGCUCAUUCAGAACAAUGCUAUUGUGAACGAAGAUUCUUCUGGUGAUGUCAUUGUACUGCAACACCAGAUUCUGCUUCUCAAAGAGGAACUUUCUUCCCUCAAACGGCAACAAAAUGUAUCCAGAUCUUUAUCUUUUGGGAUGGUUGAUAGACUACAGUACCAUGAAAAUGCUUGCAAUGAUAAAGGAGUUGAAAUUGAUCAGCAGCACUGUGACACUUUUGUAUCUGAGUCUAAGGAUGUUCUUAUGUUGUCUUCUAAGCAGCUGAGAUCAUUGGAGACAACUCUUGCUGGUGCUUUGAGAAGAGAGCAGAUGUCAGAUACUACAAUUAAGCAACUUGAAGCUGAGAUGGAGCAACUGAACCGCUUGGUUAAUCAAAGAGAGGAGGACACCAGGUGCACAAAAAUGAUGUUGAAAUUUCGGGAAGAAAAAAUCCAGAGGUUGGAGUCACUUGUUGGUGGCCUAAUUCCUCCAGAUGCUUAUUUACAGCAAGAGAAUACUUCAUUAUCUGAAGAGAUUGAGCUCCUUAAAGCCAGACUAGAGAGAAAUCCAGAAGUGACUCGCUUUGCUAGAGAAAAUAUCAGGCUUUUAGAACAACUGAGAAGAUUUCAAGAUUUCUAUGAAGAAGGGGAGAGGGAAAUGCUACUAUCAGAGCUAUCUCAACUGCGUGAGCAGAUGGUUUAUUUUCUUGAUGUGAAUUUGAGACAGCAAGAUCAUCCUCAACCAAAAGUCCCUCCUCUGGAAGCUGUAAAAAUUAUUAAGGAGACUGAGUCACUCCAAUUGCAGUUAAACACAACUCUCAAAGAGAUGGAAGACUACAAAACAAGCUUAACCUCAUGUUUAGAGAAUAAUGCACGGCUUAGAAAUGAAGUUAAUGAGUUGCGUGGCUCUCUGAAUGGUCUUGAAUCUGCUCCUGAUUGCAGUACUGAAGUCAUAAAGGAGCCAAUAAUUGAAGCUAAAUGUCCUGACAGCCAAUAUCUCAAAGAAGUUGGAAACAAUGAUAGAAUGAUGUGGCAUGAAACUAUUGCACAACACUCGGAAGAACUAGUGGACUUGCAACUAGAACUUGAUAUUCUAAAGAUUGUUCUUAGAGAAGAAAGAUCGUCUUAUGUUGAAAUGGAGGAAAAGGAAAAGGAUUUUCACAGGGAUCUUGAGUUGGUAAAUAGGAAGCUUUUAUUGAUGACUGAACAGUAUGAAAAUGUAAAAGCAGAACAUAAGGAUGCAACAACUGUUAUUGAAGCACUUGAGUCCCAACAGCUUCUCUCAAUCCAUGAAAUUGAAGAUCUUAGGAAUAAAAACAAUCUGUAUGCACGUCUGUUAAAAGACAGCGAUCUUGAAAUCUCUUCAUUGAAGGAGAAAAUACCAUGUAAUGAUGCAAGCGAUCCCAUGUCUUCCAAUCAUUUAGAGGGCACAGAUUCCCCUUUACAAACAAAACUAAAGAAGAUGCAAGAGUCUCUUGAAAAGGCCAAAAGGAUUAAUAUUUGGUACCAAAAAGAUCGUUCAUUACAAGCAUGUAAUGAAGAAGAAAUGGAUGAGGUCCGUAGGCAAGCUGAAGCCGAAACUGCAGAGGUGAUAGUAUCCUUGCAAGAUGAACUCAACAUUCUUCAGCAGCAAGUCAAUCUCAAUAAUCAAGAGGAGACAGAGUCCAAAGACAAGUUGAUGCAUCUGCAAGCUGAUUUGGAGGAGCUACAUGAGAAAUCAUCUCUUAUGGCCCAAGAUAACGAAAGAUUAAAUGAAGAGCUACAACGAAAGGAUGAAGAAUUGAGAGCAUUAUCUGAACACUGGGAGUUAUUGAUCAAAGAAAUUGAAACUGAUCUUGUUGAUGGGCACACGAUGCUAGAUGAUGCUUCUCACCAGAUUGACAUAAUUUCUAGUUCAUUGCCACAGAAGAGGGCCUGGAUAUCUGAGCAAGUCUGCAAUAUCCAGAAAGUGGUUGCUGAAAGAGAUUUACGGAUUGAAGAUCUCAAAAUUUGUUUAAAUGAUGUUAACGAGAAAAGAAAUGAUAUGGAAAGCAUGCUGAGGUCUUUGAGAGGGGCAACUCUUGUAAUAACUGAAGCACAUCAGCAAGAUUGCAUGACAAAGGAGAAAGAAAUUAUGUUCCUGAAGUCUCAACUUAGCUCAAAAGUAUCUACAAGUGCAAUACUAGAGAAUCAGUUCAUGCAGAAGACAGAGCAACUGCAAAAAGUGUCCAAAUGUGCCCUUGUUGCUUUUGUGAUAGUGAACCGACUCUCUGAGGUGAACUCCAUGUAUUCGGAUGAAUUAAAGCUGAAGGAUGCAUUUAUUCAUGAACAAGCUGCUGAAGUAAUCGAAGCACAAAAGCAGGUUCUCUCUCUAAGUAGUGAGUUAAGUCACUUGGAGGAAACUUCUGUUGAUCUAAGAUUGCAGCUUGCUAUGGAGAAAAAGCACGCUGGCACUAUGGAACAGAAGCUGGAAGAUAUUCAAAAAGAGGGCAUUUUGAAAAUGGGCGAGAAGGUUACUGAACUACAAAACGGUGUUUCAGAACUCAAGUCUUGCAUGAAUAUUUCAACUGAGAUUGUUAAUGGUCAAGAUGAUGACAACUUCAAAGGAAACCCUUUUCCUAUGACCAGCAAUCUAAUAUUUGAUUCACAGGCAAAAAAUCAAAUGAAACUGGAGAACAACAUACUUGACAUUGAGGAUGUGAAAGCAGAUGUUCUAGAUUCUUCUUUGGAGGUGCAUAGGAAUAUUCCUGAGAGUACAUAUGAACAAAGAGCCCCAGUUGAUCAGAUCAUUGGGAAAGAUCGUACCUACAGAGAUGCUACUAUUAUUCUUUUGAGAAAAGAAAUAGAAUAUGCUCUUGGAAGCUUAAAAGAAGUAAAAGCUGAGAUGACCAAGCUGCGUCAAGAGAAAGAUGAGGCUUUGAUGUCUGAAAAACAGAGUAGGGAGAAAAUUAAAUGUCUUCAUUCCCAGUUACUUUCCUUUGAGGCAACCGUGGAUAACUAUGAGCAGCAAACUGGACAAAAAGUUACAUCUUUGGAUCAUAAGUUGAAGGCAAUUCAAGAACUUGUGCAAGAAACUAGCUGUUGUUGGUGCCGUGAAAGAGAGUUACUAGAGUUUGAACUUUGUGAUGCAAAGGUAGAGGCAGAGCAGAGAAAUUUUGAAUCUUCUUGUAUUCUUGCUAAAUUUGAAGAGGCUCAGGAUACUAUGAAAGAAGCAGACAUUGUGAUUAAUGGGUUGAUGAUAGCAAAUGAAACUGUGAAGCUCAAAGUUGAAGAGAUGAAGAAGAUGGAGAGCACCUUGACCAAAGAGAAUAAUGCCCUUUCUGAAGAGGUGCAAAGCUUGAAAUCUUCCUGCCAUCUAAAAGAUGGGAAAUAUCAAGUCCUCAAGGAACAAUAUGCUUCAGAUUUAGAAGAAUUGAAGAAGGUGGUUGUUGAGCUGGAUUGUAUCAUAUCCUGUAUUAUGAAGUCUUUCAUGGAAGAUUAUGCACCUGUAGCUAAUGAUAUCCUAUGCUUGAAAUCUCAAUUUAAAGAGUCAAUGAAGUUGAUGCAUACAUGGAUUGAAGAUGUUUGGUCAGAGAUUAUUGUGAAGGAUUCUGCCGUUUCUGUCCUACAUCUUUGCCAUAUGGGAAUACUGUUGGAAACAGUAACUGGGUUGAACGCAGAGAAUGGUCUACUCGAUAAUGGGCUUGCUGAAUCAAACUCCGUCAUAUCUGAACUGAGGGAGCAUAAUUCUAAAUCAAGAGAUGAGCUUGAGAUGUGUAGAACCCUAAAGGGGAAACUAUUAGCUGAUAUAAAGAAAGGUUUUGACCGCAUAACUAUUAAGGAAGAUGAAACUAGUGAACUGAAAAUGACGCUAGACAGCUUUGAGAAGAAGAUAUCAGAUCUGCAGUCUCAAGAGGAGUUGAUGUUGCAUAGAUCUAAAUACAUGGGAUCUGAGCUCUCCUUUCUAAUAAAAGAGUUAGACCUUAGCAACUCUGUCAUUCGGGCUUCUCUAUCAGAUCAGGAGAAGUUAUUGAAGGGUCAAGAGGAGGAGUUGAAACUUCAGGAGGAGAAUUUGUUGCUAAGCCUUUGCAUGAAUGACCUUGAGUCUCUGAUCCUAAUGUCAGAGAUUGAACAGAUGGCUUAUCAAAAAGCUAAUGCAGAAGCAAAAAGUAUAUGUUCUGCAACAAUAUUUGAGGACCUGAAGAGGGAGAUGGUUCUUCUGGAAGUAGAUGCAGCAGUGAAAGAACACAUCUUGUUGGACAAGGAAGACAAACAUAAUGUUUUACAGAAAGAGUUUGAUGAAGCACAGAGUGAGAGACAAAGACUGAAUUUGAUGAUUAGCGAAAACAAUUUUGAACUUUCAGAGAUGAGAAAGAGGAAUAAAGCUCUUAAUCAAGAUGUUCAAGUAUUGAAGGAUUCUGUGGCUUCAAAUGAUAACUUAAAAAGCAAACUCAAUGAGGUUUUGGAAACGAAUGUGAGGUUGUCAUUUGAAGUUCAGGAACUGGAAGCUGUUCGUGAAAAUUUAAUAUAUGAGAUAAAGGCAAGGGAAACUGGUCUUGAGGACCUGAAGAGUGAGAUGGUUCUCUUGUCUGUAUAUGCAGCAAUGAAAGAACACAUCUGGCUGGACAAGGAAGAUGAACAUCAUAUUUUACAGAAAGAGUUUGAUGAAGCACAGCAUGAGAGGCACAAACUGAAUUUAAAGAUUAGCCAAAACAAUUUUGAAAUUUCAGAGAUGAGAAAAAGGAAUGAAGCUCUUAAUCAAGAUGUGCAAGUGUUGAAGGAUUCUGUGGCUUCAAAUGAUAACUUGAAAAACAAACUCAAUGAGGUUCUGGAAACGAAUGUGAGAUUGUCAUUGGAGGUUCAGAAACUGGAAGUUGUUCGUGAAGAUUUAACAUAUGAGAUAAAGGCAAGGGAAACUGCUCUUGAGGACCUGAAGAGGGAGAUGGUUCUCCUUGAAGUAGAUUCAACAGUGAAAGAACACAUCUUGUUGGACAAGAAAGAUGAGCAUAAUGUUUUACAGAAAGAGUUUGAUGAAGCACAGAGAGAGAGGCAAGGAUUGAACUUGAUGAUUAGCCAAAACAGUUUUGUAAUUUCAGAGAUGAGAAAGACAAACGAAGCUCUUAAUCAAGAUGUUCAAGUGUUGAAGGAUUCUGUUGCUUCAAAUGAUAACAUGAAAAGAAAACUCAAUGAGGUUUUGGAAACGAAUGUGGGCUUGUCAUUGAAGGUUCAAGAACUGGAAGCUGUUCGAGAAAAUUUAAUAUAUGAGAUAAAGGCAAGGGGAACCGCUCUUGAAAAUUCUUCUGAAAGCAUUCGAGAAUUGGAAGCUGUUCAUGAGUCUGCUCUUCAAGAUCUGGAGGAGAAGAGGUCACAAUUGGCAUCAAUUUUUGAUAUCAUACACUCGAUAAAUUUACAGAAUGAUCAUGACAAAGUAAAUGCUGAAAUGAAAACUGUUCAGUUAUCUCAGUCUGUUGCUCAAAACAAAUUGUCCUCAAAAACCAAAGAUUUGCAAAAACACAUUGACAGAUUUUAUGAUUUGAAGGAGCAGAACACUUCCUUGAGAAGUAAACUUUUGUCUCAAAGAAAGAGUAGUUAUGAGUUAAAUGCUCCGUUGAACUCAAAAUUAUUGCAUUGUGUCAACUCUGUUGAGAACAUGAGUAUGUUGUGUGACCAGGUAUUUAAUCUUUUGACUGAUGAAAGUACUGUACUGGAGAAAAUUUUCAAGGAAGUAGACAAAGAAUUGGAAAUGACAUCCGUGUUUACGAAAGAGCUGGACUGUUUGGAGAAACUUGCUGAUAAGCUUAUAUCCGAAAAUCUGUUUCAUGAAACUGAGCUGUCCAGGAAAGAUGAAAUUCUGAAAGGAUUGCUAUUUGAUCUGAGCUUGUUGCAGGAGUCUGCAUCUAAUGCGAAGGACCAAAAAGAUGAAAUAAAAGAAUUGACGGAUUCAUUACACGUUUUAGAGGGUGAACUUAUAAAUGUGACAUACAAAUUGGAUGGUGCUGUUGCUAACGGUCAAGUGCUUGAAAAUCAACUGGAGGAAAAGUUGGGAAUCAUUUGCAGUCUUCAGUUGGAAAUAGCACAUCUAAGUAACUCAUCAAAUUUGCUCUCGGUUAAAAAUCAUGAAUUGACAUCCGAAAUUUCACAUGCCUUACAAGUGAAAAUUUCCACUGAGGAGGAGUUGUUUGAGAUUGAGAAAGUAAAUGAAAGUUUAGAAAGGCAGGUAAUUGAAGUGAGUGCCACCAUUGGCGAAUUGAAUUAUUCAGUUGAAUCCUUGAAGGCCACUUUGAAUUCAGUUUCUACUCAGCGAGAUGACCUCCAAGCUGAACUCCUCAUUAUGAAGGAGAAGUUGGAAACAACAGAAGCUCUUGCUGAGGAAAACAAAACAAUUGCUACAGAAGCACACCAGACUGCUGAAACUAUGAAGCAAUAUGCUGAAGAGAAGGAGAAGGAGGUAAAGCUGUUAGAGAAGUCUGUGGAAGAGCUGGAAUAUAUUAUUAAUGUGCUCGAGACCAAGGUUGACAUUGUUAAAGGAGAAGCUGAACGACAAACACUAGAGAGAGAAGAACUUGAAAUGGAGCUUCAUGUCAUAAAGCAGCAGAUGAACAAUAUCAGCAGUAAUGAUACUGACAUAAAAAGGCAUCUUGACGUAAAAGAGAACAAACUUCAAGAAGCCAUUCAUCGCAUGCAAGUUCAUGAAAAAGAGAUUGCCAGCAAGGAUUCAGAGAUAGCUCAGUUCAAGACUCAUAUUGCCGAGUUAAAUUUACAUGCCGAGGCACAAGCUCUUGAAUAUAAGCAAAAGUUUAAAGCAUUGGAAGAGAUGGCUGAGCAAGUAAAAACUCAAGGCCAAUCUCUGUCUCUAACAAAUGUCCCAUCAUCAAGCAAAUUGGAAAAAAAUGGAUCCAAACCUAAGGGUUCUGGUUCCCCUUUUAAAUGCAUAGGACUUGGGUUAGCACAACAAGUGAAAUCUGAGAAUCAUGAGGAACUCACAGCUGGAAGAUUUCGUAUUGAAGAACUUGAAGCCUUAGCUGCAUCAAGACAAAAAGAGAUCUUCACGCUGAAAGCAAAAUUAGCCUCUACUGAAAGCAUGACACAUGAUGUUAUUCGUGACUUGCUAGGAAUAAAACUGGACAUGACUAAUUAUGCGUCAUUGAUGGAUCAACAACAAGUGCAAAAAAUUGCUGAGAAGUCGCUACUUCACAGCAUUGAAACUCAGGAGCCAGAGGUCAUCAAGUUAAGGCAGCAGCUCAACGAAUUUGUUGAGGAGAGGAAGGGAUGGCUAGAGGAAAUUGAUAGGAAACAGGCUGAGUUGGUAGCGGCACAGGUUGCAUUGGAAAAACUUCAUCAGCGAGAUCGGUUAUUGUCAGCAGAAAAUGGAAUUUUCAAGAUGGAGAAUGCAAAUCACAAAAAGAAGAUUUCAGAGCUUGAAGAUCAAGUGUAUAAAUUAUCUGGGCAGCAAAAUCUGCAGCAAAGGAUUCAUCAUCAUGCUAAAAUUAAGGAAGAAAACAAUAUCUUGAGAAGCCAGAACGAUGAAUUUUGCAUAAAACUAAGGCGCACUGAGUCUAUCCUUUCUCGUGCAAGAGAUGAGCUCGCUCAUUAUCGUGAGAUGAAUGGAAAGAGCCCCCAUAUUGAUUAUGACGAGGAGCAAAGAUUGAGUAACAUGUUGAAGGAAACUGAAGAGGAGAGGCUUGAACUUGCUCAGAAGUUGGUUGGUUUGUGUACAAGUGUUCUUAAGGCUGCAGGGAUGACAAUAUCGAUAUCUGAUGUGAGCAUUCCUCUGGCUGAAGAAGCACUCCAGCAACUAAUGAACCGGGUCUCUUCACUCGAUAGGGAGUUAGAAGAUGUUAAAUUCAAGAAUCGAAUUACAAAUGAAAGAAUCAAGUUAUCAGAGCUUGUGAGACCGGGGACAGAUGAGAACCAAAGGACACCAAACACAGCCCCACAAGCUCCAUUUCUUUCUAGUCUUGAUCCAUAGUCGUCGUCGGCCCAAUUGAAGUCGAACGUGGAUUUUAUACAUUGUAUGUACCAGCUACUCUUAAUUUUCUUCUUGGAAAAAAAAUUAUACUAAAGAAUUUGUAUAGUUCUUUCCAUGUAAAGGCGUCACAAAGUUAUUUGAAAUCUAUUCAAAUUUUGUUGUUCAA